GUAUUUCUUCCAAUUGUCUUUCCUUCAUUUCCACUUUCCUCAUUUCCACAAUCCACACCUCUCUUUUUUUUUUCACUCUUUCUUUCUCUCUCUUGUUUUGGUUCCAUCACUUUCUAUCUCACCCAUCUCUUUUUGUCAAUUGAGUGAACUAGAAGAGCUCACUCUUUUCCUCCCCCCUUUUUUCUUCAUAAAUCCUUCUUUUAUUAUAUUUUCUCCACAAAUUCACCCCCAAAGAACCUAACUUUAUAUUAUCUCAUAAUUCAAUUUUAGUAACUUUACACAUAUUUUUUUUUUAUAAUUUUCAUAAAUGGAAAAAGAAUUAAAUUCCCCAAAUUAUGGGUUAAUGGAAAUCUCAAUUGAUCAACUCUCAAAUUGUUAUUUCCAACCCAAUUGGGAAAAUUCCAAUUCCAUGGAUCAAAAUGACCCAUUUGAGUCAACACUUAGUUCAAUUGUAUCAUCCCCUACAAUAACAUCAUCUAAUGGUGUAGGUGAUGGUAUGAUGAUCAGAGAACUAAUCGGACGGCUAGGAAGUAUUUGUGAUUCUGGUGAUAUUUCACCUCAAUUAUCUUGCAUUGCAACAGGAAAUAACAGUACAAAUACUUCUUGUUAUAGCACACCUUUGAAUUCCCCACCUUCAAAAUUCAAUCUUUCUUCUUUAUUAAUGGUGGGUAAUAAUUCUGGGAAUUACCCAAUUCAGCAAAAUUUGGGAUCUUUUAAUACUGACCCUGGAUUUGUUGAAAGAGCUGCUAAAUUUUCUUGUUUUAGGAAUAAUGGGAGUCAAAUUGAUAAUGAUAAUGGUAGAUCAGGGUUGAAAUUGGAAUCUGGGAAAUUAUCUAGGGUUAAUUCCGAUAAGAAUUUGGGUGAAAAUGGCGAAUUUAAUGAAAGUUUUGCAGUUUCUGAGCAAAACACAGAAGGUGAAAUUGGUGUUAAAGCUCAAAAUAAUGCAAAUUCAAGGAAAAGGAAGUCUGUUUCUAAGGCUAAAGUCAAGGAUUCUCCUUCUUCCCCUGCUAAAAAUGACAAGAUUGAGGAAGAGAAUGAAGAAUCAAAUGCAAAAAGAAGCAAAGUAGAUCAUAAAGAAGCUAAAAAAGAAAAUGCAGAAGAGACUAAUUCCAACAAAGAGAAACAGAAAACCAACAAUAAUAAGGAAGCAUCAAAGCCAGAGCCUCCAAAAGACUAUAUUCAUGUCAGAGCAAGAAGAGGCCAAGCUACUGAUAGUCAUAGUCUUGCUGAAAGGGUUAGAAGAGAGAAAAUUAGUGAAAGAAUGAAGUUUCUUCAAGAUCUUGUUCCUGGUUGCAAUAAGGUUACAGGGAAAGCCACAAUUCUUGAUGAGAUUAUAAACUAUGUACAAUCAUUACAGCACCAAGUUGAGUUCCUUUCUAUGAAAUUAGCAACCGUAAAUCCUAGAAUGGAGUUCAAUAUGGAAACUCUUCUCUCCAAAGAUGUGUUUCAAUCUAGAGGGUCAUCAUUGCCUCAAUCAAUAUACCCAAUAGAACAAAAUUCAGCACAAACAUUCCCCUUUGAUUACCAUCAAUCCACCCAACCCAUGUCAUUACCUUUGCAAAAUGGUGUUCCAAAUGGGAUUGAGAGUCCUUUCCCAACAAACCCGGAUGCCCCUUUGCACUCGAUCGACCGAUUUGUCGACUCAUCGGCUCAGCUACCAACUCUUUGGGAGGAUGAUCUCCAAAGUAUUGUACAAAUGGGAAUUGUGCAUAAUCAAGCACAAAAUUUACCAUUAGGUACACUUCCAAAUGCCCAAAUGAAAGUUGAGCUAUGACUACGACAAUUUUCAUCAACCAUUGUUUCAAUUUCUAUCAGUUUAGCCUUCCAUUACAACAAGGUUGAACAUGUAUAUACCGAAAAAUGUUCAUUUGGACAUACGAUUAUUAUUCUACAAGUAAAAUUGAGAUCAAUCGAUGGCUCGAGAAUUUUUCUUCCUGUUCCGAAGAUUACCUCUAAGUAGCCGAUUCAAUUUUUUUUUCUUUUCGAGAAUUAUUACGAAACAUCUUGAAAAUUUGUAUAAUUUUAGAAACUAAUUGCAAUCCCAGAGAUGGGAAUUCUGUAUUAUUAUUAUUAUUGUUAUUAUUAUUAUUAUUAUUAUUAUUAUUAUUACA